AUGGCCACGUCUUACGAUUAUGAGAUGGGUGGUCACUGGCGCAACGAAAUCACAACGACAGCCCGGCGAAACUCGCUUGGAGAGCAGGAGCAUCUAGUAGCUACAACUAGGCAACGAAGGACGACACAGGGUGAAAGACAAGGUCGUCAUUCACAGUCUAGUACUAGACAUGCGCAACCAAGUCCUGUCGUUCAAGGUACACGACGAGUCUCCCAAACAGCAAAUCGGGCGGAGAUAUUGGAGAAUUUAGAGAUUGAGAUGCGGCGUAGGGGCAUCAUAACGGACAAUCCUGAAGAAAAUGUCGCGCUGUAUGAACGUCUAACAACAAGAGGACCGCCGCACAUUCCUCGUGCAAGACCAAAUGCUGCUGGAAAUUCUACUCGCCGACGUUAG